GUAGCCCGUCGAGUCAGUCGAUCGGUGUCCAUCUCCCGGUCCAGAUCAUGUGGUUCGCGGUGCUGCUACUUAUCGGAUGCUGGGCCAGUGGGUCGCUCGGUCAGCAGGACGGUUGCCGGACGCCGGAUCACCGCGAUGGGCGCUGUGUGCCGUUGGUGGAGUGUAAGAGUGUUCAGGAAGAGUUUUUCCUCACCGAACGGGUGCUGAGUCAGGAUGAGAUCGAUUUUCUGAACCAGCUGCGGUGCGCCACACCCACGAUGCCGGUGACGAUCUGCUGUGCCGAUAACGUGACGACCUUGAAGCGGAACGUCACGGGUGGAAGCCGGGUGGAUCUGCCGAACCCGCGAGCCUUCGAGUGUGGACUGGAUUCGCUCGGUGAUCGGAUCGUCGGUGGUAACGAGACGGACAUCGACGAGUUCCCGUGGUACGCGCUGUUGCAGUACGAGUCGAAAAAGGGCGAACGGGCGUUCAAGUGUGGCGGUUCGCUCAUCAACGGCCGCUACGUCCUGACGGCGGCCCACUGCCUGGCGAACCGGAAUGUGACGGUGCGCAUUGGCGAACACGACACGACCAGCGAGCAGGACUGUAACGAGGAGUUUUGUGCCGAUCCGGUCCAGGAUUUUGGGAUCGAGAAGGUGAUCACGCAUCCGCUGUACGAGAAGUAUGGCAAAACUCAGCACCACGAUAUCGGGCUCGUUCGGCUCGAUCGUGACGUCACGAUGAACAACUUCGUCUCUCCGGUGUGCCUUCCGACGGUGGACUUUUCUCCGACCCGGAACGGGAACGUUACGGCCGUUGGCUUUGGACACACUGGGCGCAAAAAGCACAGUGGGGUUAAAAUGAAAGCAUCGAUUCCGGUGUACGAUCAGGACGAGUGUAACAAGAAGUGGAAGAAUGUGGAGAUCAUCCCGCAACAGCUGUGCGCUGGUGGACUGUUUGGGAUCGAUAGCUGCAGUGGGGACUCCGGGGGGCCGCUACUCACCCGACGGUUGUACUGGGUCCAGGAGGGCAUCAUUUCGUACGGGAACCAGUGUGCCCUGGAGGGUUGGCCCGGUGUUUACACGCGGGUGUCCGACUACAUUGAGUGGAUUAAGGAGAAAAUUCGGGAGUCGUAAGGCUGACAGUGAAAAGGUGAUCGCGGAGCCUUGACCAAUAAAGGCAAUUUAUCUCAACAUAGC